ACGAUUUCCACCUCUUUCAAGAAACCCUAAUCAUCUCGCGUCUCCAUCAGAAACCAGCUUCCCGAAGCUUCCUUGCUUCCUUCUCUUGUUCUCUCCUUUCAUCUCUCUAUCAAUCUGGAACCCUAAUUAUCAAUCGCUUUCAAGAAUCCGCUUGUAGAAAGAUCAGAUUUUUUCCAUCUCCCUCGUAGUAAAUUAGUGACGAUUGCAUCCCUUAUCCACUGCUUGCAUCAGAUCGUUUUCCUGUUCUGGGUUUUUGUAAAGAUCGCACCUUUUUAGCUGUUUGUUAUCUGAAUCUUUGAUUGUUUGAGAGAGAGAGAGAAAGGAAAGAUGUUUGGUGGUGGAAACAGGAGAGACGAGGGAUCGAUGCCGAUUCAGAACACUAACUUGUUCGCUGCUUUGGACACUCGCAAGAAGAAGAAGAAGUCGGAUAAGGCUGGUGGUAAGAGCAAGGGUUCGUCGUCAUCGCACAAGGAGCCUGAGCCUCAGGUCUUCUGGGCACCUACGCCUCUCAAAGCUAAGGCUUGGGCGGAUAUCGACAGUGACGAUGAAGAUGAUGACUAUUUCGUUACCACUGCUCCGCCCCACGCCUUGUGGAAUGCUUCUGAAGCGUCUCAUUCUGAUGUGAAAGAGACUCACGUUGAGCAGGAAAGUGAAAGUGAAGAGGAUAACCUUGAUGAAGGUGAUGAUGAUGAUGAUUUGGAAGAAGAGCAUGAGACGCAAGUUCAUCCACAAGCAGAGCCUGAGGUGAAGAAGGCUCCUGAAGUUCCUGCACCACCCAAGGAGGCGGAGAGGCAGCUUUCCAAGAAAGAGAGGAGACAGAAGGAACUUGCCGAGCUUGAGGCUUUGUUAGCAGAUUUUGGAGUUGCACCCACUGGUCAAGACAACACUCAAGAUAAUCAAGAGAAGAAAGAAGUCAGUGGAGAUGGAGAGAAGAAGGAGAACGCAACAGGAGAAUCAAAGGCCUCAAAGAAGAAGAAAAAGAAGGAUAAACAGAAGGAGGCAAAAGAGUCUCAGGAAGAAGUGAAGAGCAACGCAGAUGCUGCUGGAGGUGAGUCUGCUGAGCAGGAGGGGGAGGCUUCUUCUUCCAUGGAUAUCCAAGAACGGCUCAAGAAGAUUGCAUCGAUGAAGAAGAAGAAGUCAAGCAAAGAGACUGAUGCCGCUGCAAAAAUUGCUGCACAAGAAGCAGCUGCGAGGAAGGCAAAGCUGGCUGCCGCAAAGAAGAAGAAAGAGAAGAGUCACUACAACCAGCAGCCAGUGAGGUGAAAUCAAUCACCCACCCAAACCUGUUUUGAUAUAUGAUGAACAUGUGUUUCCCUCUUUCUGUUGAUAUGAGACUUUACUCUUUGAUAAAAUCUGUUGAAAGGGGGGGAUGUGUUUGGGUCGUACUUUUAGAGAUAUGACUUUGAUCUUUUUAAAUUUAUGUUAUACAAUGGGACAUAACCAGAAAAGAUUUGUCUUUGAGUUUGUUUUGCUCUUCUU